AUGGGGAAGUCUAAGAAUGAUUCAUUGAGCCACGAGGAGAUAUGGGAUGAUUCUGCCCUUGUACGGUCUUGGGAUGAGGCCGUUGAAGAGUACCAGCUCUAUCACAGCAUCCACGCCAAAGGGGAGAACGUGGAUGAUGUCCUAAGAGAGGCUGAGGAUGCUGGUAUCACCAAAGAUGUCAACAUGAACGAAGAUGAAACUAUGGAGGGAAUGGAGGGUGCAGCACCGACCCUCGAAGCCGAAGCCGAAUAUGAGCCUCAGGAUACACAGGAUCAAUCGAUUGGCCCUCAGAAACCUGCUGAUGCCGGGCCAACCUCAGCUAUGGCUCCAAACCCGGCACCUCUAGCUGGUCCUACUAUGCCAAUGCCAGAAGCGGUCAUGACUAAUGUUCAAGAUGAAAAUUUGAAACGCCUGAUGAUGUCUUGGUACUUUGCCGGCUAUUAUACCGGACUCUACGAAGGACAGCAGAAGGCUGGGCAAGGAAAGAACUGA